AUGGGUUCGAUCGAGCCUCUGGUCACUGGGCAAUUUCCUCAUCCAGUAAUCUCUGAAAUUAAAAUGGCUCUUUCAAAAGAGAGCGCCUUGUUUCAUUUCAUCGUAGAUCUCUCCCCGUUGCUCCUCUACGGUUAAAUGUUAAUGGUGGAUAGUUGGAAGAAGCAAGCCGAGAAAUGAUGAUGGUGAUGACGAUUGAACCAGCGACGGCCUCCCGCUUCGCCGCCGGCGCUAAUUUCUGCUCGUCCGCCACCUUAUCCCAUUAUCACGGAGCGGCAAACUUGGAGGAGCGUAGCAGAGUAAGCGGCACCACUCGCCGGCAGCUACGCACGGCCAGCUUCGACCUACCGUGGAAGAACUCUCAGAGAUCAAGAGCUGGUUCUGUAUUAAAGAGUACGAUUCGAGCAUCUCAAGGACAAUUGGCAUCCGGUUCAGAUCCCUCUGAGCAGAAUGACAAAGUGCAGUAUCAUCCAUUUGAGGAGAUUGUCGAUUCGGCCUCCAAAGGUAGUGGAGAUGUUAGGCUUACAGCUGAAGAGACCUGCAGGACUAUUGUUGAGGUGAACAGCAAAGCUAAUGUGAUGCUGACCAACUUGGUCAAUGAGGAAAUUCAUGAGAAUAUCAUGUGGCCAGACAUGCCAUAUGUGACCGACGAAUAUGGAAAUGUCUAUUUUCAAGUGAAGAAUGACGAAGACAUAUUGAAAACACUUACUUCGAAGAACAACUAUGUGCAAGCGAUUAUAGGCUUUGAUACAGAAGACAUGAUCAGUGAGAUGGAGCUACUGAAUAAUUCCGGCAUUGAUUUUGAGGGAAUCGAUGAUGAAGAUAGUGAUGCCGAAGAAGAAGAUGAUGACGAUGACUAUGAUGAGGAAAUAGUAGCUGUCCUUGAAGAUGACGAUGAUGUCGAUGGGGAUGAUGAUUCUGAUGACGAAGACUGGGAAGAUGAGGAUUCUUCUCAUCCAAUGUAUUUUGCCAAAAGGCUGACUCAGAUUGCUUCAGAUGAUCCUGUAGAUUGGAUGAAGCAACCACCAACUGGUCUGGCCAUACAAGGCAUUCUCAGACCUGCAUUUGAUGAGGAACAUACCGACAUCCAGAGGCAUAUGUCUGGUAAUAAAUUCUGUAAUGACAAAGAAGAUCAAGUUGGGAAAGAGAAAGCAGAAAGCAAAAGAAAUGAUCUUGCUGCAAUCAAUGGUCAGGAAUCCGAGCCUGCACCAUCUGAAGAUGUUCCGGGUAGGGCAGAGAAAGAUGGGACUGGCCCAGCGACUGGGACUUCAUUUUACAAGCUUGAACCAAUAAAGAUCCAGCUUAUUUCAGCUGAUGGACAUCAAACGUCGGUUGAACCAGACGAUUUUAGGAAUGCCAAGCCUGAUGUCAUUGCUCACUCAUCAGCCAAGAUCAUAUCCCGUCUCAAAGAUGGUGGUGAAAAGGUCACAGAAGCCCUGAUAUCUCUGUGUUGGAGAUGUAAAGGCAUCCAAGUUGAGGAAGCAACCCUUAUAGGCGUGGAUUCUCUGGGUUUUGAUUUGAGGGUUUGCUCUGGAACUCAAGUCCAAACAUUGCGGUUUGCAUUCAACUCACGGGCCACUUCAGAAUACAGCGCAGAGAGACAACUAAACGAUUUAUUAUACCCAAGGAUCACCCAGAGGCCCCUGAAACAUAAAAGAGACUCAGCAAAAUGAACAUCAGGAAGCCCAACCAGCUGAAGUGCUCGAGAAAGCCGAAUAUAGAUUAGCAUAGAAAGAAAAGACUCAAAUCACCAAAAGAAAUUCUGCUCCAUUCUCCACACUUCAAUUCCUCUCCAGGUACAAGCUCUGCACAUCCAUCAUUUCCAUUCUUUCCUUCCUCUCUACCUUACUUCCUAGCUCGAGCUUCGUACGCGAAUUGCGCGGCGAGCAUGUCCACAACAGCAGAACCAACAGAUUUGAACACAGUGAUCUCAUCACAAUCCUUCCUCCCAGCUCUCUCCCCUUUUAUCAACUCCACCAGCAGCCCAACUUCCCCUUUCCCAAUCACACCUCUCUCGAACCCGCCCACCAGCUCCCCUGCCUCCACCAACGCCGCUUCAUUAUCCGCAAACACCGCCCCUGCCCUCCUCAGCGCAGCGUCGUCGCACUCCCUCAUGUUCUCCUUGAACGAACCCACCAAAUCCAAAUGCGCCCCGCGCUUCAGCUUCCCUCCCUUCACCAGCGGCGCAGCGUCCGCAUUGUUCGUCGCGCAGCUCACUAUGUCCCCCAGCCCGAUCACCUCGUCCAAAUCCUCCCCGCCGCUCCUGCAGCUCACCCCACCACCACCACCACCGAGUUCAUAGUUCAGCUUCUCGGCGAGCUCGGCGGCCUUGCUCUGCGUCCUGUUCCAGAUUAUAACCUCCCGCAGCCCCGGCCGGGCGGCGAGGUGGGCCCUGAUCAGGUGUGGCGCGAGGGCGCCCGCGCCGACCAUGACGAGGACCCGGCUGUCGGCCCGGGCGAGGAGCUUCGAUGCGAGCCCGGAGACGCAGGAGGUUCGGUAGAGGGUUAGGAGGGUGCCGUCCAUAGUGGCCAAGGUCUGGCCGGUGGCCGAGCUGAAGAGGACGUAGCUGGCGUGGAUUCCGGGCAGGCUGUGGAGGUGGGAGUUUUGGGGGAAGUGGGUGACGAGCUUGACGCCGAUGUAAGGGAGGGAGGAGGAAGGGGAGGUGGACCAGGAAGGCAUGAGGAGGAGGUUGGAGGUUGGUGAAACGGCGUAGCUUUGGCGGAUUGGGGUGUGGAGCGUGGCGGCGACGGCGGGGAGGGAGGUCUGGAAGUGUUGGAUUAAGGAGCUGUGGGAUAGGGUGGCGCGCAGGGAUUCGGCGUCGAUGAAAAUUGGAGACGACGCCGGCGCUGGUGUGGAAGCCAUUGACGAUGCGAUGAGGUCGUCGCUGUGGCAGGGAGAAACAAAGACAGGUGUUUGGUAUUCGGAAAAUCGU